AAGGAGAUAAUGGCAAUAACAUGGAAUUCCCAACAACAAACUUAUAUGAGCUUGAAGGACGUGUGUUCACAGAGACUUGGUCCAUUCCUUAUAAACGAGAGGAGUCCCUUGGAAAAUGUUUGAUAGCAGCAGCCAGAUUAGCAGAAGAAGGGCUAUGCGAUGCUGACGAGUCCUGCCAUCGCUUUAUGGAGAGAUGUCUUCCUGAAUGUUUCCAAAAGCUUUUGGCAAAUGGAGCUGUAAGACGAUGGGGACCAGAGAUUCAAGAGGGUGUUUUUAAUAUGUUGGAUUUGCUCACAAAUCUUGUAAUUGUGAGGCUCAAGCAUGGACCAGUUCCUGAGACACUGCUCAAAAAUACAUAUGCACUUGCCUUGGAUUCCGAAUGUGAAUGGAAUCAAAAAAACAAACACCGCCCGUCUGACCUUGUUGGAGAUAAAGCUUAUGCAGAAUCUACUUCACAGUUGGAAUCUUAUGGCUGGUUGAUAGACCUCAUUAAUAUUUUUGGAAAUAGAGGUGGUUUUGAACUUAUAGCUGAUCGCUUUGCCUCUCAAGAUCAGCUAGAUGCAGGACAGAUGGCAGCACUUCUACUUCCAAUUGGACAGUGUGCCAGGUUUUUAAUUAAAGGAAUUGUAUGUCCAAUUCUUCAGCCAGCAGUUACCCAAGCACUGAACUAUGUUGCAAAUUUAGAAGAAAAACAACUCAAAUGUCAGAAAAUUGGCUCCUGCUACGAGCUCUUAGAAGCUGUACGAAUGUUGUGUGUAUCCUUAUGGCCAGAUGAAGUGCAGUAUACAAAUGACUUGAGACUUAAAAUGAUUAUUAGAAUGCUGAAAACGCCACAUUUUUCUGCACGCAUGAAUGCUUUGAAGGAACUUGCCAGAUUGAUAGAGGAUAGUGAAAGGUCACGCAAUGCUGGUACUGAUGCAGAUUUAGUACAGGAAUGGAUGACCACAAAUAGUGUUCUUUCUCUUGCUCUAGAAGGAAACAUAGAUCAAGUACAAUAUACAGAUCGCAUGAAGGAGCUUGUGGAAUUCAUGGGGCCAAAGUUGCAAGAAGAGGAAUUGUCACGCAUUUGGCACAUGGCUGAACAAGCUGGUCCUCAUGUUGUAGAUAACAUUCAUCGUAUUAUGGCAGCUGCUGCAUCUCGAUUUAAUCCUCAUCAGUUUGAUCACCUUCUUAAAUUGAUCAGAAAAGUAAGCUGAUUUUUAAAAAAUUUU